CAUUCCCUUUAUGAUACCAGAAUUCUCCGCCAAUUACUUUACUUUUUUGCUUCAUAAUACAUUUCGUUUAAUAUCCAGGAAAAAAUGUCAUUGCCAUACAAAUCGUUCUCCGACCUGCCCGACUACGACUCGCUAGCCAACAAAGAGCGGUUUUGGGUGUGGGGUCCGCCCGGGUCUCAUGAGGAAGGCAUGGGAAUGAUGAACUUGCUGACGCCCAAACACGUUGCAACAGUGGUCGCGCCUGAGAUCCGUACCGGCGAGAGAUGUGGAUUAGGAUGGGAGUUUCACAAGUUGGAGAAUCCGCCGUUUGGUCGGGUGAAUUAUCAGAUGACGGUUCUUCCAAUUGCGCACGGGGCAUUUGAUGAUCAGUAUACGUUUAACCCCCAGCAGUCUUCUCAAUGGGACGGAUUCAGACACCAUUCGCAACCCACGACGCAUUCCCACGACCCAGCUGAUGCAGCCAAGGUGGCAGCCGGUGCCGACGACUGUCUAUGGUAUGGCGGCACUACGCGCGAGGAGAUUAGUACUCCGAUGAAUAGAAGGAUCGGGAUGCAGCAUUGGGCGCAAGAUGGGAUUGUAGCCCGUGGAAUAUUGCUCGAUUAUGCUUCUUGGGCUAAGGAGGUCAAGGGGAUCUCGUACUCGUCUUUUUCGAUGCACGAGAUCAAGCUUAGUGAGCUCAAAGAGGUGAUGGAGUACUACAAGGUCGAGAGUAAGCCUGGGGAUAUGCUGUUUGUACGGAUUGGCCUGAUUGAGGAGUGGAAUGGCUAUACCCAGGAGCAGAGAGAGGCAUAUCAAGCAGCCGAUGUGCCGCAGCAUGCAGGUUUAGAGGAGACCGAGGAGGUGCUGCGUUGGCUCUGGAACUCACACUUUGUAGCCGUUGCGUCGGACGCGGUCAGCUGGGAGGUGUUUCCACCGCAGUCUGAGGAGUUCAACCAGCAUCAUCAUUUGCUGGCGGGAUGGGGAGUCCCGAUUGGGGAAAUGUUUGAUCUCGAGGCACUAUCGGCUCUGUGCAAGAAGCUGGGCCGGUACUCGUUUUUUGUGAGCAGCGUGCCGUCCAAUGCGGUCGGAGGGGUCUCGUCUCCGCCCAACGCUGUGGCUAUAUUCUAGAUAUCUGAAUAAGAGAAAUACAGACGAUUGUCAGCUGUCGAUAAGUCACCGGUAAAAGCAACGACGAGGCGGCUACUUGUGGGGAAGACUCGGAUAAGGUUUCAGGGGGCGAUGGGGUUGUAUGAAGAGGGGUCCUCG